UGUUCACGUUUUAAAUAUAAGUAAUUUCAAACUUUCGCGCCAUCAGUACAUUCACGAUGCUUUCCGAUUGGAUAGCGCAGACAGUUCGUCUGCGUCUGCGGCCGCUUAGAAAGAGAUGCAAGAUCAACCCGCAUCCAGUGCGCGAGCGAGACAAAUCACACGGAAGUUCAGUCUUCUCGAUGACUCCAUUUUGAAAUCUCAACGUGUUCGCAUCAAAAUUGCAUAUCUCUAAACGUAUAUUCUAAUGGAAUGUCCAAAUUUGAGAUACUCAGUGUUCCAUAGUGCUUAUUCCCGCCGGCCGGCAUACAAAACUUUCAAAACCUGUGUAAAAAACGUGAAGGAAGACGCUGCAGUUCGCCUUGACCGCGUGGACUCCAAAAUUCCAGCUUCCAUCAUCAGCUCUCAGGUUAGUGGCUGCAGUUUAUAUCCUUUUCGGUUUGAGCAUCGUAUUUAAAGUGUACGUCGCGCAGUUCAAUUUUUUUUUGUUCAUUUUCAAAUUACCCAAUUGUAGCAAAUCAACCAACAACCUCGAAAAGGCUACAUAUUAUUUGGUGCCGAAACCAGGGACCUUUAGAUCCCAUCAUUAGUAAAGUAACUUCAACAAAAUCAACCAAUUUUAUACCAUUCCCCACCUAUUUACGAUAUUUUGAACGAAAUUGCAACAUUCCAUAAGCGUAAAAUACCUACCCGCCUUUGUUAUUACUAGCAACGCAAUUACUGAGUUUUUGUUGUAAUUAUUUAAAUCAGGGGUUGAAACAGACGUAUAUGUGUAUGAACAACUUAUUACUAAUCACACUAUAUAAUAAUAUUGGCAAUUGUUAGCGAAAUAAUGCGAUAAUUACUGCAAAAACAUUCUGGUAUAAACCGACCGACUUUAGAAGCCCGUGUACUUUUAUUACAUUUCCGAGAGGUUCAUAUUGCAUUACCGCCUUCCGCAUUUAGUCGCAUAAUCGCUUUGCAUACUUAUAUUACAUUCGUAAUAUUAAUUUUUCCGUUGAGAUAAUACUUACUUGUUUGACUUCUUUGAGUUAUUUGUGCAUCUCAAUACGUAUAACCCUUUAUUCACUUAUUUUAUAUCGUCUGGGUUAUUCAUAUAAAUAUCGUACGUAAUACAGUAUAGGUACUCAAGAGAAUUCUUUAAGUACUUACAUUUUAUUUUUAGUUACAUACCUAUUGCGCUGUAAGUGAAAUUAUUUACAUAGGAAUCAUCCAACUAUAAUUGUGUCAAUCAUCUUGGGGCGGUUUCAGUUCCGGCAUAGGUCUACUCGUAUAUGUACUUAUAACAGCUGUCUCUAACAUUGUUUAUAACUUUGCAUUUCGAGCGGUCGCGCGGCGCUUAGUUGUUUGAAACCACAUUCGUGCAUAUAUAUGAAAUAUACUUAUUGUUGCGUAUUUGUUUACUUUAGGUAUUGUGUACUCUAAGGCGUGUUGCAAGUAUUUCACGUAUAACGUAUAUCCCGUAUUCAACACUCGACUAUAAAUACUUAUUACGUACCCAUAGGUGUUACCAGGUACAGUCGGAACUAUGGCAUUGUAUAAAAAGAAAUCAAUUAAAGGAACUAAAUCGAAGUCGAUAGAAAUGGACGGUUUAACAGUCAACGAUCUGCCGGCAUUGCGUCGUAUUCGCACACUUGCGUUUAACCGCGUAAAGAAAACACUAGAGAUUGCGCGUCAGGCGAAAAAUGACGUAACUUACAUGGACUCGUUCCUUGUACAUUACUCAGAAGUUAAAAAGCAUGCAAGUAAAUUUGAAGAGGCUCAUGCCGACAUUUUGAGCGUUAUCGAUAGCGACUUGGAGGUUAGGGAGGAUGAAAUUAGAAGUCAAUUUGACGAAUGUUAUUUUGAAAUUCUUUCAUUACAUCGGCAACUCGUGGUACCUUCCGAUGAACCGAGUCAACCGUCGUAUCCUUCAACGAGUAACGUCACACAAGCCCGGCUCCCGAAGAUCAAUCUUCCGAAUUUUAGCGGAAAUGUCAAACUGUGGUCCGAAUUUUAUGAUAUGUUUAAUUCGCUUAUUCAUGAAAACAAGGCGUUAUCAGAUACGGAACGAAUGCAUUAUCUAGUAUCUUGUUUGUCGGGCGACGCGUUGGCACUUAUCCGCACUUUCCCGGUGGCGGCCGAGUAUUACCGCACUGCUUACGAAACUUUAAUAGCGCGUUACCGCGGGAAGCGAGAUUUAGCGUUUACUUGUUGGAAAGAAAUGUUAGAUGUUACCUUCAAAUCGAAUUCACCUCAUGAGUUUCGGAAAACCCUUGAUACUUUUCAAGAAAAUUUAACUAUGCUAACGCGUCUCGACUUGCCUACUGAUAAAUGGGACUUUGUUUUAACGUACCUUCUUCUUUCUAAACUGGAUUCGAAAACUAGAUGUUUGUUUGAGAAACAGCCAACAACUGCCGAGUUGCCCACGUAUGAUUCGCUGAAAACCUUUUUAUAUUCACAAUGCGAAGCGCUUGUUCGUGAUACGCAUUUUUCGUCAAAUGAUAAAACUCGUGAUGUUGAAAAGGCUCGGUUAGCCGAAAAAUCUCGUUAUUUCAGUUAUUCUGGUAAACCUUUUGAUAAGCGUUCCGAUAAAUUCAACUAUGUAAAAAAACAAGCAACAACGACUUUAUUAUCGGCGGACGUUCAAAACGAGGGUGAAACAACGCUUCAUUCCACGUCAUCGGUACAGCAAACGGCGUUGCCUAUCCCUAUAACCAAGUGUUCGUUUUGUGGAGAGGAUCACUCAAUACUCCAUUGUAAGACGUUUUCAUCUAAACCACCACAAGAACGAUUCGAUCAUGCUAAACAACAGCGUUGGUGUUUUAAUUGUUUGAAACCUUCCCAUGGCCUCAAAGAUUGUAAAUCCAUUUUCAAAUGUCAAAAGUGUCAUAAACGCCAUCAUACGUUACUUCAUCUUGAAACUUCAGAACCUAACGAAGCGGAAAAUGUUUGCAGCGUAGUAGAAUCUUCAAAUACGUGUACACAAGCGAGCCUGGUUACAAAUUCACGCACCACUUCGUUUGUAUUGCUAGCUACUGCCCAGAUUAACGUUCGCGAUUCUGCUGGGAGAUUUCAACCAUGCCGUGCCCUAAUCGACCCGGGUAGUCAGCCCAAUUUUAUCACUGAGCGUGCGGCUGCUCGUUUGGGCUUCAAUCGAUCAUCAACACCGCGAACUAUUAACGGUUUAAGUCUGAUGCGGGCUCCCGUAUCUGGUGCAAUUCAGUUGGAAAUAGGCGUGAAUAACGAAACAGUAUUCAGUAUUGAAGCUCUCACUUUGGAUACUAUAUGCGGUCCGAUGCCUAACGCCAAACUUAACAGGACUCACUGGACUCAUGUGCAAAAUUUGAAACUAGCCGACCCUAAAUGUGACUUGCCUGGAGACGUCGAUGUUCUGUUGGGCGCAGAGGUCUUCCCCUUACUUCUAACCCCAGGAAGUAUUGAUGGAGGAGAAUUUCAGCCACCUGCUCUUAAUACAAUAUUUGGAUGGAUUUUGAUGGGUCGUACUAAGAUUACCGGAGCAGCUGAAAUGAAUUCAUUUCUUGUCACAGAAGGAAAGCAGCUCCAUUCACAAGUAGAACGGUUUUGGGAGCUUGACUCCGUACCUCAAGCUAUUCCAAAGCCUACAUGCGAAGAACUACAAUGUGAGCAACAGUACACUGAAACGUUAUCUCGUGAUCCCACCGGGAGAUAUAUCGUCACCUUGCCUUUUAAAGAAAAUGCCAAGGAUCUCUACUUUCCCGGCUCGAGGGAAUCGGCGCUUAGACGAUUCCACUCGCUAGAGCGAAAACUUUCAAAUAACCGUGAACUUCAUGCACAAUAUUCCGAGUUUAUGGCAGAUUAUUUGAAAAGCGGUCACAUGAGCCUAGUUCCCAUUAACGAAUUGUCCCAGGGUAGGUAUUAUGUACCACAUCAUUGUAUUUUACGCCCCGACAGCGUCACAACAAAGCUGCGGGUCGUUUUUGACGCGUCUGCAAAGGACGCGCGCGGUAUUUCUCUUAACGAAAUGUUACUAAUAGGUCCGAAACUGCAAACGAACAUUCUUGACAUAUUAUGCCGAUUUCGUAUCAAUCCAAUUGUCUUCACCGCUGAUAUGCGGCAAAUGUAUCGUCAGCUACUAAUAGAUGAACAUGAUCGUGAUUACCAACGAAUAUUUUGGCGCUUUCACCAGUCCGAACCCAUACAAGAAUACCGUUUGAAUACUGUCACAUACGGUGUAAGCUCAGCGCCCUUCCUUGCUUGUCGUACAAUAAAACAGUUGGCCCAUGACGAAGGAGAUGAGUUUCCGUUAGCUAAGUCAGUCUUACAACAUAAUUUAUACGUCGACGACAUUGUCAGCGGUUCUCCUUCUUUCGAGGAAGCAAAAGAAACUAUAAGUCAAGUUAUAACCUUAUUGAAGAGAGGCCAAUUCGAACUUCGAAAAUGGGCCAGCAAUCAUCCUGAAUUAUUAGCCGAAUUACCAGCUGAACAUUGUUUGACAGAUUUUGUCUCUUUGGACUAUGAUCAAAGUCACAAUCUUAAGGUACUAGGUUUAAAGUGGAACCCUGUCAAAGACGUAUUCACUUUCGAAGUGAAUUCGUUAAACCGUAUCUGUACUAAACGCACUAUUCUUAGUGAAUUAGCUCGUAUAUUCGACCCUAUGGGAUUCUUAUGUCCUUUAACUCUCCUUGCUAAGUGCUUUAUUCAGCGAUUGUGGAUUGCAUGUGUAGGCUGGGACCAAACCCCUCCUGAUGAAAUUGUUGAACAAUGGAAACGGUUUUCUGAUCAAUUAUCAUCACUGCAACUCGUAGAGAUACCUCGUUGUUUAUCCAUCGAGAAUAUGACAAAUUUUCAGAUACACGGUUUUUCAGAUAGCUCAGAGGCUGGAUACGGAGCUGUGGUCUAUCUAAGUGCCACCGAUGUCUAUAAUAGGGUACAUACCUACUUACUCUUGGCCAAAAGUCGUGUCUGUCCAAUCAAACGCGUUUCUCUCGCACGUCUAGAACUAUGCGCAGCGGUAUUACUCGCAGAUCUUCUUAAAUACGUAAAAGAAAUUUAUUCGUCAGUACUACCCAACUUCAAAAUUUUUGCUUGGUCAGACUCUACCGUUGCACUUUCAUGGAUAAAGGCGCCAUCACACCGUUGGAAGACAUUUGUUGCCAAUAGAGUCAGUCAUAUUCAGGAGUCGAUUCCCGACGCGAGUUGGAACCACGUACCAUCGGCAGACAAUCCCGCUGAUAUAGCUUCUCGCGGCUUGUUUCCAGUGGAUUUGUUGCACAGUUCCCUAUGGUGGGCGGGACCGGAGUGGCUUAGGCAGCCAUCUGAAACAUGGCCUUCACUUGACGCGUCUACGUGUGAUAUUUCCGAUCGCGACAAUUCCGACAUUAUAGCGGAAGAACGCACACACGCAUUCAUCGUCCAACACGAUACGCACUUUCUUGACGAUUUACUAGAAAAAUACUCUUCGAUAAGAAAGGUGCAGAGGAUUAUAGCUUAUUGUCAGCGGUUUAUAAGAAACCUACGUAACAAGCAAGCGCGUUGUCAGACCAGUUACCUUAAUCUCAAUGAAAUUCACAACGCCCUGAGGCCUAUCGUUAAACACGUACAAUCGCAACAUUUUCAUAAUGAAAUUAUUCGUAUACAAACUAAAAAGCCUCUUUCAAAAUCUAUGCGCAAAUUAAAUCCGUUCAUAGAUAAACAUGGUAUCCUCAGGGUGGGCGGACGUUUAUCAAGAUCUGGGCUUGAGUUCGAUCAUAAACACCCUGCUUUACUUCCACGUAAAGACACUUUAACUUAUCGUAUUAUUGAGGCUUUCCACCGUGAAAACUGUCAUCCAGGCACGAACACGCUGCAUUAUCUUUUAACACAGCAGUUUUGGAUCUUGUCUCCCAUACGCGCGAUUCGGCACUGUAUAUCGAAAUGUAUCAGCUAAAUUAUGUCCACUUCCUAACCAAGUUGACUAAUUAGUAACGUAAUAAUAGGUAGGUUAUAGUUAUAACAAUUAAAGUAGUUCAUAAAAUUUAUGUUUAAGUUUGUUCAUACACAUUUUUAGCUUAAAAUUAAGGUGUAUUAAAAUACAAAAUAUUGUAUUUUGGUGGGCGGAAUGUUCACGUUUUAAAUAUAAGUAAUUUCAAACUUUCGCGCCAUCAGUACAUUCACGAUGCUUUCCGAUUGGAUAGCGCAGACAGUUCGUCUGCGUCUGCGGCCGCUUAGAAAGAGAUGCAAGAUCAACCCGCAUCCAGUGCGCGAGCGAGACAAAUCACACGGAAGUUCAGUCUUCUCGAUGACUCCAUUUUGAAAUCUCAACGUGUUCGCAUCAAAAUUGCAUAUCUCUAAACGUAUAUUCUAAUGGAAUGUCCAAAUUUGAGAUACUCAGUGUUCCAUAGUGCUUAUUCCCGCCGGCCGGCAUACAAAACUUUCAAAACCUGUGUAAAAAACGUGAAGGAAGACGCUGCAGUUCGCCUUGACCGCGUGGACUCCAAAAUUCCAGCUUCCAUCAUCAGCUCUCAGGUUAGUGGCUGCAGUUUAUAUCCUUUUCGGUUUGAGCAUCGUAUUUAAAGUGUACGUCGCGCAGUUCAAUUUUUUUUUGUUCAUUUUCAAAUUACCCAAUUGUAGCAAAUCAACCAACAACCUCGAAAAGGCUACA